AUGACCUGCAUCAACCAAGAUCAAACCAAGUCAAUAAUGAAUCCUCCUAUACCACCACAGCAAGGCACAACAAUUACAAUUCCAUUUGACGAAUAUGUCGCACUCCGCCUUGCCGAUCAAAAACUCGAAUUCAUGCAACGGACCAAUGGUGACCUUAAGAAGGAAAUCACUGUCUUGCAAACCGAAGUGACGACGUUCAAAAAGGGUCUUGACGAGGCGACUUUUUCAUACGCACAAAAAAUGAAGCAGAAGGAAGUUUUCUAUGAGAAGCAACUUGAGGAAUUACGGCAGAAGCUCGACCUGAAAUGUCGAGAAGUCGAGAACGAGAAAAGUCUCCGUAUUCAGUCUUCAAUAGAAGGGUCAAUGGCAAAGAGUAAAUUAACGCGUCUCGAGCAAGAGAAUCAACUCUUGUUAGAAGACUGCGCAUUGGUCCCACAACGAAAACUCCCGAAAGCCGAACCGGAGCCACAACACCCAAGACUGGGACUCCCAAAGGUCCCAUCGAAGCCUCCUAUAAGUCAAGAAGACAUCGUGAAGAUCCAGGAGAUGAUGAUUUCAGAGAAAUCACUGCCAAAACCAGUCGAACAUAAUCCACCAAUACAGGAAGUCCUCGCACCAAUUAAAGUUGAUAGAUCGGAGUGCUACAAAAUGAAACCAAAAAAAUCUCGAGAUGAUGGGGUGGAACGAAAAAUCUUGAGAUUUUGUGGCGCAAAAGAACUGCGGAGUUUGAAGGAAAAAACAGAAAAGGAAAAAAGAAUGAGUGAGACGCACGGAAAAGAAAGUGGUGUGAAGGAAGAGAAAAAUGAAUACAGCACCAAUGAGAGGCACGUAUUGAGGAAUAAAAUAGAUCUGAGAGCAGAGAUUAAAAAUCUGGAACGAAAUGAGAGAUAUGAGAGAAGUGAGAAGAUUGACAAGGGUGAAACGAGUGAGAAGAUACUCACCCCGCGAAACAAAAGUGAGGAGAAGUGUGAAAAGAAAGUGACAUUACUUCAGUAA